AUGGUGGGGACGCAGCCACUGCCCACGUGCGAGGAGUUCGACCUCUUGGACGCGCAUCUGCACGAGCUCGAGGAGCCCGGGACCACGUUGUUGCAAGAUUUCAUUGUAGCGCCCCCACUGACGCCGAGCAAUACGCCGCUGAGCACUUCGAGUGGAUACACUUCCGAGGAGUCGGACCACUCGAUCAUGACGCUGUCCGAUGAAUUUCGAUGUCGUGACAUGUCGUUCUUGCAGACUGCAAAGACUAGCGAGCUCGUGGACAUAGCGGGGGGUCUCACGACGCGAGAGCUGAUGGCAGUCACUCCGGGCAGCCAGCAGCAGCCGCACGGUACAUCCACGAGCUCGAUGAAGAGCAAGACUUCCAAGUACCGCGGCGUGACGCAGACGAGCAAGACAUCAUGGGGUGCCAAGUACAGCGCCAAACGCAUCACGAAUACGUGCAGAACGCCGGAAGAAGCUGCCCGUGCGUACGACGAGUACCUCGGGACGAACUAUCCGCAGAAAUUCGCCAAGUUUGCCAACUUUUGCCACAAGUGCGACAGGUUUGUGAACCCUCUUGGGCUGUCUCAAUUUCAGAGCGAGUGCGUGUGCUCUUCAAGCUCCCCCGCAGGAUCCCCCUGGUCAGACACCGCUUCAGUAUCGCCUAAAAAGGAGUUUACGAUGGAACAGCAGAUCACGAGUCCUACAGCUACGCUAUCUCUGGUACCACCGAUGGCUCCUUCUCCAGCUGGUAUGCCUGCCACAUUCAAUUUGAUGGAAGCGCUGACCCAUAGCUUGGACGUGAGUUCUGCAAACGUGGAAACUGCGCCCUUCUUUGGCCGGCGCUCGAGCAAUGUGUCUAGCUCACUCAAGUUUAGUUUUCCGGAAGGCGCGGAACAGUCCUUUGCAGAGUCGUAUGGUGGUGCGGAAAAGUUGUUGCCGGACCAUGUCGGAGCAGUUUCGGUUGACGAGCAGCAGCAGCAAGGACAGGACAAGACAUGCGACGGUUUGCCCAUGGCAGUCAUCAGUUCGGCUGGGGACUCAUUUAUACGGGGCGAUAACUUGGACCAGAUCAUCAAGGAUAUCGACCACGCGUCUUCGUUUCAUUCUUCGUCGAACGGGACUAUGGCCGAGGAACGUGGUGCUAACGAUAGCAACAGAAUGUGCUCCACGGCCAUUCGAAGUAGUAGUGAAAUCGAAAAGAUGGCCGAGCCUGCCAACUAUGGCACGGUUCUGACAGGGCCAACGGCAUCAAACUCGUUGGACUUUGACGUGGAUGAGCUGGAUGAGUUGACGAGUUACUUCCUGUCCGAAAACGAUGUCACGGUUGCUGUGCAACGAGAAAUGCACGCAGGUCCCACUGCACCUGCGCGUAAUCCUAUCGCGAAGGAGGGACGGAGCCGGCCGUUCAAGAAGAUUCACAGUCUUGAUUUCGAUUACGACAACGCAACGAAAAACGAUGUUGUCAUGAGCGACGUAAAGCUCGAGGGUGCUGAAAUGUUGAACCCCUUUUUGACGGUGCCCGCAAGUGCCAAUAACAGCAAGACUGCUUCUCCAGACUCGCCAUCAUCCACUGUCAUCGAUAUCCAGACGCAGUUCCUGGAUAAGUACUGGCGCAAUGACCGCAAGAACAUUCAGUGCUUCCCGUAUUGUCCGGAACACGGCGACUAUUACCGUGUGCGUAUUGAGGAUCUUCAGCACCGGUGCAAGGGUGUUUGCCAUGCUCCUGUAAAAGCGCGUGUUUCGAUUCCUGCAGCAGUACGUGCCUCGGUAAUACAGACGGGACUGACGGUAUUGGCUCGCUGCAACAGUACCUUCUCUCGGCAAAAGGCUCUCACAGAGCAGCAGUCGUUGAGUGUAUCGGAGAUGAAGUCGCUGCAGAAUGUCAGUACAAUUGGCGUGAUCAGUCAUUUUGCGUCCGCUGAGAAUGGCGCAGAUGGUGUGCAGUUCGACGUGAUGUUCCACCCGGACGUAUGGAAAUUCGAGUUUGCGCUUCCGAAGAAACGGCGCCAUGUACAGAGCUCCAAUCUGGAUGUGUCAUCGGACGAUGCGGCGGCUGGUAGUGACUCUACGGCAGCAGAGUUCUUGUACUUCUUUGAGAUUGAUGUAUUUUAUGCUCGCGAAAGGACGACAUUCGAGCGGUUGGGUCACACGAAGUCGGCCAACUUUCGGAUUGGCAAUACGCGCACGCUUCUGCGGCAGCGCAACAAGCAGACUGGAGAAGUGUGCAGCAGCGGAGAAUCACCGGCAUAUGUCGGUGGAAACGACAACGACAAGCUGAUACGUGCGGACGAACUGCCAGAGAAGAAGAAGGUCAAGGUACAUUUGGGUCAGCGCGAAUUGUUAUCGGGUGCGUCAUUCAGCGACGAUAGCGCUCGAAGCAGUUGUAUACUGGCUGAAAGCAAACUGCCGAGCAAUAGCGUCGCGGGCGACGAUCGAUUGUUGGCAUCCAAGCUCAACCUGCCGGAAGUCAAACUCACAUGUAUGGAUGAUGAUUCGUGUAUCAACACCGAUUCGAAGAACUUGAUAUAUGAUUGCAAGCCGGGCUCUUCGGGACCUCCUCAUGCCGACGUUGAUGGGCGGAAAGAUGUGAAUGACGACAGCGCCGAUAUGCAGGAGACAGCUGGAUCCGACUAUCGUUCGUAUGUCUCCCCGAAGCAGCAGAAGAGUGGCAACAUUCAUAUGGCAGAUUCACUGGUGGCAACUUCCAUUUCCGUUACGCGCAGCACGGACGAGAGACUCGCGAUUUCUGCCUCCUCCGCAAGGACGGAAUCGCAUAGUCUGUCAGGGCUGCUACGGUACUCUGUGGUAUGUGCACCGCUGUCCCUACUGCUAUUGCCUGUAGGCAUUCUGCUAUUGCUCGUGUUCUUGGUUGUUCCACCUGCAGCGUCAAGUGUUGUCCGUGCAUUGGAUGCGUUAUCGGACAUGGAGCUGUCUCGCGCCAAUCGUAGCUGCAUCUCCCGGGACCAACGUCUUGUUUUGAGUCGUCUUGUCGACGAAAAGGCCGACACGAGUGGAAAGUCAGUGGGUGGCUUGUUGCGUUAUCACGGCGAAGGCAAAGUCUGGCGCCGGCUAUUCUACUUUAGCGGUGCGAAGUGUGCGGUCUCGAUGGCGUCACUGGUUCCAGCACUUCUGCUGGCGUUGUUCGCCGGGCUUCUGUAUCCGAUCCGCCCAGUCUCUGCUGCUGCCGCGAGUGCCGCCUGUAGUUGUGCGCUUUGGUCAAGAGAGUACACCCGCUCGACUACAGGUGUGCCUCUACCGGGCGUCGCACACUACAAUGCCACGGCUGGACAUGUUUGA